UAUCAAAGAGUUAAUUUCAUAAUUAUGUACUAAUCAAUAUUUUUAAAUACUAUAUAAAAAAUUAUAAAAACUACUACCACGAAUAACAUUUUCACGCAAGGCAUGGGUGAAUAGCUAGUUUAAAUUAGGGCACAAUAUAUUUUGAAAGUCAUCAUUUUAUCCUAGAUUUUUUCCAAAAAUUGAGAUAAAUCUAUUGAUAGCGCAUCCUAGAUUUUUUCCCCCCAAAAAUUGAGGUAAAUCUAUUGAUAGCACACGUGUUAGUAGUCUUAGAAUUUUUCCUUUUUUUUUUGGUGGGCACUAUUUAUAUCCGAAGCUUAUGAAGCCGGGUUCAUUCAGAUUUGAGAGUCUUAUCUAUCUAUUAAAAGGUAAAGUUUCUUCUCUGAUUAUGGAUUUUCUCAAUUUACAAUACUCGAAUUUAAGAAAUUUUUUAAAGAUAAAUAGGCAUCGAACCAUUGUAAUCAAUGCAAAUGCAGUUAGGGGAUAAUCUUUUACAAUGCAAAGGUCAAAAGCAAAAAACUAAGAAUAAGGUAUGCAAAAAUUCACCUGAGGAUAACCGUAAAACUACCAUAAAUUGGCUGUAAGAUUGUGUGGUGCUCUUCCCCCUUAACUUCCUAUAAAUUCACGAACUUUCAAAGACAAGAACACAUAGAAAAAGCACAACACGGAGGCAAAUUUAGGAAGAGAUGGCGACAAUAGAGUUGCAAAUUUCAGCAGCAGCAGCAUUGCUAUUGUUGUCCAUCUCUUCGGUUGGUAACGCCCAGCUGAUUUUUGAUAUCAUGAAGUACGGGGCAACGGCUGAUGGUGUAUCCAGCAUCGAUCAAGCUUUGCUGAGUGCAUGGAAGGACGCUUGUGCAUCGGCAACCCCCAGCAAGAUAGUGAUUCCACCGGGGACCUACCCGCUCGGAGAAAUCACACUUCAGGGCCCUUGCAAGGCCCCCUUGGAGGUUCAGCUCCAAGGCACGCUCAAGGCCCCGGCGGACUCCGCCCAAUUCAAGCAAGAUGGGUGGGUCACCUUUCAGUACCUUGACGGGUUCACCUUGUCCGGCGGUGGUGUCUUUGAUGGCCAAGGAAAACUUGCUUGGAGCCAGAACGAUUGCAACAAGAACAAGAACUGCAGGAAGAUUAUCAACUUAAGGUUCAACUUCGUCACCAACGCCCUAGUCCAGGACAUCACCACGCGCGACAGCAAGAACUUCCACGUGAAUGUGUUGGGAUGCAAGAACUUCACCUUCAAUCGCUUCACGGUCACAGCACCGGGUGAUAGUCCAAAUACCGAUGGAAUCCACAUUGCCAAGGUUGAUGGCGUCAAUGUGACAGACUCAAACAUUGGGACAGGAGAUGAUUGCAUAUCCAUCGGAGAUGGGACCAAGCAACUCCACAUUACCGGGGUCAACUGCGGACCGGGACAUGGCAUCAGCGUGGGAAGCCUGGGGAAGACGCGAGGUGAAGAGCCUGUGCAGGGAGUCUGGGUCAAGAACUGCACCAUCACUGGCACCCAGAACGGCGUCAGGAUUAAGACCUGGCCUGCUUCUUUCCCGGGAUCCGUUUCCGACAUGCACUUUGAGGAUGUUACAAUGGUCAAUGUUGGGAACCCGAUCUUCAUCGAUCAGCUGUAUUGCCCCUGGAACCAGUGCAAGGCUGACAUCCCGUCUUUGGUGAAGAUCAGCAACGUGAGCUUCAGGAAUAUCCACGGUACCUCAUCGACAGCAGUGGCAGUGAAGCUCACGUGCAGCAGCAAGGUUCCGUGUGAGAACGUGGAGGUCGGCGACAUCAACCUCACCUAUUCCGGCCCUGAGGCCCCAGCAGCUAUCUCCGAAUGCUCCAACGUUACCCCAACCUUUUCGGGCACACAGGUCCCCUCCGUUUGUGCCAAAGAAGCUUAAGUUCUAUGUAUAUGUAUACAUAUAUACUUCUUCGAAAAAAAGUUUUUUGGUUA